UAGGAAUGAUCCACUGCUUUGUUGCAGAAGGGGCCGACAGCUUGGUGUCAUUGCUAGUGAGUUGAUUAAUCUACUCCAACAGUUUAUUUCCUUCAAUAACCAAGCCUUGACACAAUGGGAUACUUUUCUUCAGGUGAGAUGUCGGAAAAGCUAAACCGUUGUCGUAAGGAGCUUGCUGCUGCUAUUGGCCGAGCUAUGGAAGACCUCUCCGUUCCUCCCCUGGCUUCCCAAGACCCCGCUGCUGACCAGAGCUCUGAUUUACCCACGGCACGGCCCCCAACGCCCCCCAACGAAGAACCCUCUAAUCAGAAAGGAGAAAGCACCCCACCCACUGUGUAUUGCCCUCAGGUCUCCUUACCAGUGGCCUCUACUUCUGAAAAAGAGAACCCCCUCUUCAGGCAAAAUCUAAUUCCAGUAACUGUGGCCCCCAACAUUCAAUACUCAAAACGGGAGCCCCUGUCAAGCAAGGAAAACACAUGGCUACAUCCUCCAAUUUUCAUAGCCGACAGACAGUUUUUUCUCAGCUUAGAAGACAGCGAGGGGAGAAAACAGCAUCUAAGCAAAACCGAUGAAAGGUCCAUGAAGUCUGAAACAAGUCUAAGUGAUGAUGAUGCCACUCCACAGAAUCUGAAAGAGCUUGCUGAUUUGAGUGAUAACUCAGCCAUGUGGCCAGCAGAAAAACUUCCAAGGAAGCCUGGUUUUGAUAAUGAACUGCAGGAAGUGUCUAGGCUGUCAAGUGAACUAUUUCCUCUAGAUGCAUCCUCAGUCCUUGAUAUGGAUGUGAGUAGUUUCAGAAAGGUCCUGGAGCACAGCACGGAGGAUGAAGCCAUCAUUGAAACGUUGCUAGAUAUGGAAGAGGAAUAUAGACUGAACAGCUCCACCUUGCACCAGCUGCACUAAAGAGGCUGGUGUGAGGUGUGAGCUAUCUUCAUUUUAAGAUUGGAUAGUAGCAUGUCCGAACCAUGCAAAAACUGGCAAACAAUCCAGCAUGUUACAUGAUGCACUAA